AUGCUAGGUGGUGUCGGAAAGGAAAUGCCACAAAAACAAUUUCCCAGUCGCCACCUUCACACUCUCAGGACUCAUAAUGGCCCGGUCAAUGCUGUGACUUUUUCAAGUUACCCCGGCACAUAUGUCCUCACUGGUUCGUCCGACCGGGCAAUUCACCUUUCACGUGCAAUUCCCACGAAUGCGGAGGGUUCUGCGACGCCUCUGGAAACGACCAAACCCAUCCAACGUUAUGAAGCGCACGGCUACUCGGUCCUUGACAUUGCCGUCGCUGCAGACAAUGCACGAUUUGCCAGUGUAGGAGGUGAUCGCCAAGUCUUUUUAUGGGAUGUUGAGCAAGGUGGAACCACGAGGCGAUGGACAGGCCACAAUAGCAAAGUCGAGGCCGUUCAGUUUGCUGGGGAUGGUGACUCGGUAGUUGUGUCAGGUAGCGCAGACACGACGAUUAAUUUAUGGGAUACGCGCUCAAAUGCCCACAAGCCGAUCCAGACGUUGACGGAGGCAACCGACACGGUCUCAUCCUUGCAUGUGCACAUGCCCAGCUCGAUAGCUAGCGGUAGUUACGAUGGCCACGCUCGUGUCUAUGACGUGCGCAUGGGCAAGACAACUGUCGAUGUUCUCGCACAUCCCGUGACGAGCGUGCGGUGCUCGUCGGAUGGAAACGCAUUGUUGAUCUCUACGCUGGACAGCUACAUCCGUUUGCUAGACCGGGCAGACGGGAAGCUUCUUGCGGCUUUUGGCGGGACCACCCAGAAAGAAGAGCAACCUCGGCCCGGUCAGCCUAUUUCAGCACCAAGCUAUGCUUACCGCAAUACUGAAUUACGGGUUCGCUCCGUAUUUGCUCAAAGUGAUGCAGUCAUCCUGAGCGGUAGUGAGGCUCAACCCAAAGGGGACGGGAUACCUCGGGGUGCCGCAGUCUUUGCAUGGGAUGUUUUGAGCGGUGAAACCAUCGCCACAGUGCCAAUGGGAGACAAUGUGAAGGCUGUCAGCUGUGUGGCCUGGAACACGACGGGUUACUGGGCAGCUGGCGGUGCAGACGGUAAGUUUCGCACCGGUGCUCUUCCUUUACCAGUACUGUCCGAGUUUUUGGAUGAUGCGGCCAUUGAAGUCGUUGGUAAUCAAUAUGACCUGAACACGGAUCUUUCUACGACGGAAGCUUCGGUCAUGCUCGUCAAAUCGACUCUCUGGUCACUGUUCGAAUUGCUGCAGCACGCAAAUACGGCUGGCCAACCUCAGUCGAUUGGCGAAGAUUCGACCAAGGAUGAUCCUCGACUGCUCAAUAUUGAGGGCAGCGCCAAUCGCGCCAAAGACUUUUCACUCAGAUAA